CCCCUGCACUGGCGAUCACUCAGCUAAGGGCCUUUCAGUUUGGCACCGACUGCCACCAUGGACGAGUCCGCGUUCAGCUCGGGAAGCAUGUACUCCAGCGGCGAGGAGGAACAGCUGGCCAACGAGGGCCUCCGGUUGAGCCGUUCCGUACGGUGGCGCGAACGCACCCGACACCACGUGACCUUCGAACCCGCCCUGAUGCUGUUUUGCUUCGCGAUCGCGCUGUCCGAGAUCCAGCUGAGUCAGCAGAUCAUCUACCAGACCUGCCGGGUGCAGGGCUACGAACGGAGCGACUGUCUGCUGGUCGGAACGGAAGACAGUCCGAGACCGGCUGUGCAGGAGAUCGAAGCGCAGGUCCAGCCGGCGGCGGCCAGUGUGACCACAGUUAUUGUGGUUAUCAAGUCAGUGGUGCCGGCCGCGGGGGCUCUGCUGCUGGGCGCCUGGGCCGAUCGUUACGGGCGCAAGCCGGUCGUGCUGAUUGCGGGUUGCGGCCUCCUUCUCACCUACUUCGCCCUAACCAGCCUCAACUAUCUGUCCUCGUUCGUGGAGGUCAACCCGUGGUACUAUGUCCUAGCCUAUGUGCCCUUUUCCAUCCCCGGUGGAAUGCCAAUUCUUGGAGCGACCAUCUUUGCCUUCAUCGCAGACAUCACCAACGACCAGAAUCGCACCAUCCGGAUGGGCUUUGUGACGGCUUCGAUCCUCACCGGUGUCAUGGCCGGAACCUACGCCAGCCGUUACGUCCUCGAGUGGACCAGCGUGACGGCGCUGUUUGUGAUGGCCACGUGCUGCAUCGUGGUGGGACUGGUCUACAUUGCUCUGUUCGUUGAGGACAGCAUCGUUCCGAGUGCCGACAGCGAGCUGGGUUCCAGCUUGGCCAAUCUGUUUUCGACCGGGUUGGUUCGGGAGAUUGUGCAGUCGGGGCGCCGUAAGCGAUCCAGAUUCGUUUGGGUGAUCCUCUGGUUGGUUGUGGUUACCAGCGGACUAAUGGAACUGGCCGCGGGAAGUGGCCUCGUGGGGUACAAAUUCACCCACAGGAAGUUCGAGUGGGGAAGGCAUCAGUACGGUCACUUCCAGCUGGUUGACCAAUCGCUGGUGAUAUUGGCUAAUCUGGUGGGAAUCCCGAUGCUGAAGAAGAUUUUCGAUUGGCCCGACACGCUCCUGGCCCUCAUCUCCGUAUUCAGCUUCGUAAUUUGUUCCAUCUGGAAGGGACUAUCCUCAAACGGAUGGCAGCUGUUUUUGGCCACCGGAAUGACUGGCCUAAAGGGAAUGGAGGCUGCUGCGUUACUCUCGGUGUGCUCGUACCUGCUGCCUUCCAGUGAGAUUGCCAAGUUCUUUGGAAUUGCGAUGGCAAUUGUUGGGCUGGUUCCGUUGGCAUCGGAAGCACUUUUUGUGAGCUUCUACGAAGUGACGAUGAUGGCCAAUCCGGAGGCGUUUAAUUUUUUGACGGCUGGAAUUUACGGUGGAGCGUUGUUGGUUUUGGGAAAGCGGCGUUAUCCAGACAUCAGAUACGAACCAACCAUGGACAGUGAAGGAAGCAAAUCUUCCAGCAGCGUCAACUGCAACGAGCGUACGCCACUAGUUCAAACGACGGAAGAUGAAGGUACCGGGUUCAGUUCCAGCUCCGGUAGCAGCGUGUUCAAAAAAGUAAAGUGCGUGGUCAUUGAACCAGUAGCCGUAGUGUUGUGUUUCGGUUGGAGUAUUUCAGGUAUCGUGCUGGCAAAUCAAAUCAUCGUCCAAACGUGUCAAUAUCUCGGUUACAACAAAACCGAAUGCUCGCUGCUGGGGACGAAUGUCGCCAACAAAUCGGAAGAUCUGAUCGCCCUGGAAGCCCGCGUGCAACCGACGGCGGCGCAGAUCUCGAUGGUGGCUAACAUUAUCAUCUCGGUGCUUCCGGCGCUGUGUGGGCUGCUGCUGGGGCCGUGGUCGGAUCGGUUCGGACGGAAACCGGUGAUGGUUAUACCGUGUGUGGGCUACAUUCUCACUUACCUCGCCAAGGCCGCCAUAUGCUGGCAAUCGGCGAUCACCCCGCUCAAUCCGUGGCUGUACGCGGUGGCCUACCUGCCGGCGGCCCUGACAGGUGGCACCAGCGUCGUCUGCGCCGGUCUGUUCAGCUUCCUGACGGACGUGACCACCGAGCACGACCGAACGGUUCGGAUGGGCAUCCUGCAGGCUUGCACACUGGCGGGGGCAUUCGUUGGGAUGAUGUCCAGCAGUUUUAUUUUGGAGAUGACCAGCUCGGUGGCUGUGUUUGUGCUUUCUGCUUUGGCCAUGGCUUUUGGGGCGGUUUAUGUGCUGGUGUUUAUUGAGGACAGUGUGACGCCGAGGGUUGGGGAUGUCCGGUUUGGCGGUUGUGGCAAGUUGAGGGAGAUCUUCCGGUUGGAUUUGCUGAGGGACAUGUUCAAUACGUUUUUCAAGGCGCGAUCUGGGUAUGAUAGGGGGAUCAUCUGGUUGACGGUUUGCAUCGGGGCGUUUACGGUGCUUGGAUCCGGUGGGGGUAACGUGUUUUAUCUGUUUACCCGACGGAAGUUCGAUUGGACGCUGGAGGACUUUACCUUGUGGCAAUCGGCGGACUUGAUGGCGAUUAUUGUGGGGAACUUUCUUGGGAUUGCCAUCCUGAAGAAGAUCUUCAAAGUUCCGGAUAUUGCAAUCGCAUUUCUGUCGAUUCUCUGCUUCGUGAGUGACUCCUUCAUCAAGGGACUGGCCAGUCACGGAUGGCAACUGUACCUGGCCACCGGGAGUACCCCGCUCAAGGGUACCGAAGGGGUGGCGUUGAUGUCGAUUUCUUCCAGCAUUCUGCCGUCGCACGAUAUCGCCAAGAUCUACUCGAUGGCCAUGUCCAUCACGGCCAUUGUGCCGCUGGCUGGGGCUCCGCUGUUUACCUAUAUUUACAGCCGAACUCUGGAGAACGCGCCGGAACUGUUCAACUUUGUUGCGUCCGGCAUUUACUCGGUGAAUUUGCUGUUUGUUGGCAUCAUUCACAUCCUCCUCAAAGGACGGCAGCGCCACCACCGACUAUACAACGAAUCUUCAAUAUCUUCGGAAGAGGACGAUCCCGUAGCCUAACCUAGCCAGUGAGAGUGCUCCUUAAAGACGAAAGGAAAUGUGAUAUUCAGUGCUUAGUACAACGUCUUGGUGCUAAUGAUUGGUGUAAAUUUUUAUUUUUAUAGGAAAUAAACUGUGAUGUUCGGAUCAUUAAA